GUUAAUCGAGCGCCGGAAACUUAGUUGGUCAAAGUUGCAAAGGCGCCUCUUCGGCUCUGCUUGCCCCAUAAAACGAGCGGGAUCCUCAGGGGACCAUGUCCUGCUCCUCCAACGUGGCGGCCAUGAAGAAGGUCGUGCAGCAGCUGCGCCUCGAAGCCAGCGUGAGCCGCGUGAAGGUUUCACAAGCUGCAGCUGACUUGAAGCAGUUUUGCCUGCAGAAUGCACAUCAUGACCCCCUGCUAACAGGAGUUUCUUCAAGUACAAAUCCAUUUCGGCCGCAGAAAGUGUGUUCAUUUCUCUAACUUGUGUGACCUACGUGGACCCUUUUAGUGAUCUAAUAACUUUUCAAUCUGUUGUGGGUCUGGUGAAUAUGGAAGUGAAAGAGAGUGACCUGGAACCUGUACAGAAACUUUGUGUUAAAUGUGCCAACU